AAGAACAAACCUUGUGAAAUCAUUCAUCCUUGCCCUAGCUUGUUUAUUUUGAAGGCCCGGAGAACAAGUCCAGUAGCUGCUUCUGCUUUUCACUGAGGAUGACUGACACUUCUGAAACGAUUUCACACUUUGAAGAGAUGUUUGCUAGUCGAUUCACAGAAGAUGACAAAGAGUACCAGGAAUAUGUGAAACGGCCUCCCGAGUCCCCUCCAAUUGUUGAGGAAUGGAAUAGCAGAGCUGGUGGGAACCAAAGAAAUAGAGGCAACCGGUUGCAAGAUAACAGACAAUUUAGAGGUAGGGAUAGCAGACGGGGGUGGCCAAGUGACAAUCGAUCCAAUCAGUGGCAUGGACGAUCCUGGGGUAACAAUUACCCACAGCACAGACAAGAGCCUUACUAUCCUCACCAAUAUGGACAUUAUGGUUACAACCAGCGGCCCCCCUAUGGUUACUACUGAUAGAAAUGUCAGCAGCUUUUAGUAAAACCAUUGACUUUGUUAACAUGACAAAUUAUUUUGUCUUCUGUUGGUCAAGAGAGAAUGAACUAAUUUUUUUGGAACUUGGGAGUUUUAAAAAGGAUCUUACUAGAGAAAUCUGAUGGUUGCUGGAAAUAAAUACUCUCCUAAAA